AUGUGUCCACCUAGGAAUUUCACAAGUGCACAAGAUGGAGAGAGUGAGGCUGAAUUAAUGCCAGAUGAGUUUGAAGAGAGAGCAGAACAGGAAAAGAAACACUCAAACUUCACCUUGUGCAGCGUGUGCAACAUUCAGCUGAAUUCGGCCGCUCAAGCACAAAUUCACUACAAUGGCAAAUCUCACCAAAAGAGACUGAAACAACUCACCAAUGGAAGACCUCCCCCCCCAUGGAAGGCCUCACUAUCCUUAGGGAGUGGAUAAUGUAAAUGUCCGGGACCAAGUCCAAACUGAAGCAGGGGUGGUACAUGCCAGAGUCCUGCUCUCCCAGCCCUGGUCCGUCCGCCAGCUCCUCCAUUGCAGCCAUCAUUGGAUAUUAAGCCCUUUCUCCCCUUUCCUCUUGACACUGCAGCAGCAGUCAACCUGUUUCCCAAUUUUAAUGCGAUGGACCCUAUUCAGAAAGCUGUGAUAAACCAUACAUUCGGGGUUCCUCUUCCUCACCGGAGAAAGCAAAUCAUCUCAUGCAACAUAUGCCAAUUGAGAUUUAAUUCAGAUAGCCAGGCUGCGGCCCACUACAAAGGCACGAAACAUGCCAAGAAGCUCAAAGCACUGGAAGCCAUGAAAAAUAAGCAGAAAUCUGUCACUGCCAAGGACAGCGCAAAGACUACCUUCACCUCCAUCACUACCAAUACCAUGACCACCAGCUCUGACAAAACAGACAGUGCCAGUGAGACACCAGUAAUAUCAACAAUGACAAGUGGGGAAAUGCAUAAGAGCAAUGCUGUAACAACUGAGAUCACUGAGAUCACCUCCAAAGCAGAAAAAAGCCCCACAGCAGUGGCAGCCACUGGGAACAGCUCAAGCCCAUCCACAGAGACUGAGGAAGAAAAGGCAAAGAGGCUGCUUUACUGUUCACUAUGCAAGGUGGCUGUGAACUCGGCCUCGCAGCUGGAGGCUCAUAACAGUGGUACUAAGCACAAAACAAUGCUGGAAGCCCGCAAUGGAAGUGGGACUAUCAAGGCCUUUCCUCGGGCAGGAAUGAAGGGCAAAGGACCUGUUAAUAAGGGAAACACAGGCCUCCAAAACAAAACAUUUCACUGUGAAAUAUGUGAUGUGCACGUCAACUCGGAAACACAACUCAAACAGCACAUUAGCAGUAGAAGGCACAAAGACCGAGCUGCUGGGAAGCCCCCCAAACCAAAAUACAGUCCCUACAACAAACUGCAGAAGGCAGCAAAUCCACUGGGGGUGAAGUUGGUAUUUUCAAAAGAACCUUCAAAGCCGCUGACUCCCCGAAUUCUCCCCAAUCCACUGGCAGCUGCAGCAGCUGCUGCUGCUGUGGCGGUAAAUUCGCCCUUCAGUCUUCGAACUGCUCCAGCAGCCACCCUCUUCCAGACCUCUGCACUUCCUCCAGCUCUCCUGCGGCCAGCUCCUGGACCCAUUCGGACCACCCAUACUCCUGUGCUCUUUGCUCCCUACUGA